AUGGAAAACAUGGUUUAUGCCCAUUAUUUUCCAUUAACUUCACAAGGAAAUAUUUAUUCAAUGACCAAACUAGCUGUUUUGAAUAGUUUUAAGUUAUUAAUUGCUUCUUUAAAACGUGAAAUUAUUUGUUUUGAAUACGUUGAAAAUGCUACAUUACUAACUCCGUCUUCAAAAGAAGUGCUUUUUACAUAUAUACCAAAUGGAGCUGAAAUUAUAGCUGUAGAUGCUUUUAAUAAAUCUAAUAAAGGAAACGAUAUCGUUAUUGGUAUUACUAUUAUAAAAACAGAUGUACCAAAAGAGAGUUAUUUCAACAUCUACACCGGUGAGGAUAACGCAGAUUUUAAUAUUGAUAAUAUAUCGCAAAAUUGUUUAAUGAUUGAUUUGAAUUAUACACCUUAUCAAUUAUAUCAUACAAUUAUUCCAUUAUUUGAAGAAGAGAGCAAUAAAAGUGAGAUUGUAUGGUUGUUAUCUGGCAGUGAUUCAAAAAUUCAUUUAUACAGGGACACCGAUGGAAAUCACUCGUACAAAGAGACUGAUAUUACUAAAUCAUUCGUUGAAUUAGCUAAUGUUCCAAGUAUUGUAUUAUGGAUGGAUGUCAUGUAUUACGGUUCAAAAAAAAGACGAAUAACAGUUUUUGGAUGUGAAUCUGGAUAUGUACAAGUGUCGACCGUUGAUACAAAAAAUAAUUGUGUAUUGAAUACAUGGAAUAUUCAAUUUGUGAAUAUGAUCGCUUGUGUGAAACUUUUUACAUUGAACUCAAACUCCAUAAAUAUUCAAAACAUAGAAACCGAAAUGCCUCAAAUUAAUUUAGUUGUUACAAAUACUAUUUUACCAUCUGUUGUGUUCAUGGAUUUAUUAAAAAACGGUUUGUCAAAGAAAAAAUUAUUAUUAAAAAGUAAUUUUUAUAACACACAAUCAACUUGUUGUAUAGCGGAUAUUGAUUAUGAUGGAGAAAAUGAAAUAUUAAUUGGAACAUAUGGUCAAGAAAUUCUUGCCUAUAAAUAUAAGAAAGAAAAUGAUUGGAGUUUAUCAGAACAUCGAAGCUUUGGAAAUCCUAUAUAUUCAAUUCAAUUUCUAGAUAUAACAAGCGAUGGAAUGCGAGAAUUAAUUGUUUUAACAUUGAAAGGAGUUCACAUAAUUCAGAAUAAACCUGAAGACAUUGAAAAGAAGCUGUUAAGUAGAUUAAAACGGAUCUCUUUGAAUGCGUAAUUUCUAUGUAUCGUUGUUUUGGAUGAUGUUUGAUGUCAAUAUUGCUGUAAAGUAUAAAAAAAUCGUCCCCUAAUGACCGUAAUCGGGCAAUAUAUUAGAAAACAAUAUAAAAAAGCAAGUUUUUUGAUUCGAUAUCAUCUCAAUAACUAAAAUAAUUAUACAUCAUGACUUAAAUAAUUAUAAGAAUGUAUUUCAAUAAUUUGCUAAAUAAGUAAAACUAAUCAUACCAUGUGUGUUUGUACCAUCUAGGCAUAUACAUAUCUGUAGUAUGACAGAAUACAUCCGUUUAGUAAUGCAUCUAAGCGAGAGGUAUUAUAUACAUGUAUUGAACAUUAGUUGGAAGACGCUUGGAGAGUGGGAAUUUUUUAGUUACAGAUAACUAGUAAGUUCAUCAAUCAUCACUGCUUCUGACUUUAAACUCCCACUCUCUGCAUGCAUACAACAGAAGAUCUGUCGUAUCGU